UAACUCAAUUCUUAAGCUAUUUGCAUAUAACAUUUUCUAACAGCUCCAAUAACUAUAGUAACUAUACACUUUCACAAUGGCCUCAGGAAAUGAAGAACAAAAAAUAGAGUCUGGUUCAAAUGUUGUUCCUCAGACCAAACCAAAGAAAGAUUGGAUCCUUUUGUCCCUUAGGGUGGUUACAUUUUUUGCAACUGUAUCAGCUACAAUUGUUAUGUCACUAAACAAACAAACCAAAAACUUUGUAGUUGCCACCAUUGGUACCACCCCAAUUACAGUUCCUCUUACAGCAAAGUUUCAGCAUACUCCAGCUUUUGUGUACUUUGUGGUAGCUAAUGGAAUUGUUAGUGUCCAUAACUUGGUGAUGAUAGCAAUGGAUAUAUUAGGACACAAAUUUCAUAACAGAGGGCUUCAACUUGCACUAAUUGCAGUAUUAGACACGAUGGCUUUGGCACUGGCAUCAAGUGGAGAUGGUGCAGCAACAGCUAUGGCAGAACUUGGAAGGAAUGGUAAUUCACAUGCAAAAUGGAAUAAAAUAUGUGACAAUUUUGAGGCCUAUUGUAACAGAGGUGGUGGUGCCUUAAUUGCUUCAUUCAUUGGCCUAAUUCUUCUUCUCAUUGUUACAGUCAUGUCCAUCAACAAGCUCCUCAAACUAAAUCGCAAUUAAUUUUGAGGCCUAUUUUGAGGCUUUUACUACUUUGCGUGAUCAUUUUGUUCAGUUUAUAGCUUCUGCAGGUGUAUCUUGAGCGCGACGGUCCUUUUUGCAGCUUAUUUGGCUAGUUUGUGUUUGAGUGAUAUGGACAGAGAGAAAUCAUCGUUUGUUCAAAGGCUCAACAGACACACCUCAUCUUUUGUUGGACAAGAUCAAACUUUUCUCCUUUAGGUGGUUGAAGACGACGAAUAUCACGUUAGUUUCGAACUACCAUAGCUGGUGGUCUAGUCCAUUGUUGUGUUUGAGUCUUGUAUGAUUUGAUUGUGAUAGCAUUUCUUUGACUCUGUUGUAAACUUUUGUAGUCUAUCUCGGUACAUCUUGUGCUGAGAAGGCUGUUUGUGUUAGUAUAUUCCAUUUUGACUUCUUCAAAAAAAAAA